AUGACUCAUGAGAUUCCGCCACCCACAGAAGAUCAACUCGCCGAUGUAUCCUCCUCUUCAACGGUUCUGUGUCGACCCGACAACGAAGCUGAACUUACCGACCAGAAGGUCCACAGCCACGGGUGGGUUAGAACCGAAACGACAGAGCAAGGCAAAGAAACUUUCUCUAUCCAUCAUGUGGUGAACGAUGCUAUGGUGGAAGCUUCUGAAUCACAUCUCUCAGUGACUAUCGAUGAUAGAUGUCUGAAGAUUCCCCUACAAGGUAAAGGCACCAAGUACAAGAUUAACCUUACUCUCGAGAAGGUCACUGAUGACGAAGAGAUUCCGACAGUACAGAGAUCACGGUUCUCAAGUCACGUGCCUAUAAAAUCCAUUCUUUCUCGACCAGACGGAGGAGCAGGACUCGCCGGGCAGAAAGUCCGGAUAUUCGGGUGGGUUAGAACCGGAAGGUUACAAGGGAAAGGUAGUUUCGCUUUUCUAGAGGUGAAUGAUGGAUCAUGCGCGGCGUAUCUUCAGGUUAUGGUGGACGCUUCUUUAUCAGAGGAUCUCUCCAAGUUGAUUGCUAAAGGAACUUGUGUAGUUGUUGAUGGAUGUUUGAAACUUCCUCCGCAAGGCACUAAGCAGAAGAUUGAGCUUAGGGUUGGGGAGGUGGUUGAUGUGGGAAGAGUGGAUCAGGUUACGUACCCGUUUCCUAAGAACAAACCGUCACUUGAGCAUUUGAGAAAGUAUCCUCACCUUCGUGCAAGAACCAACUCGAUUGCUUCAGUCGCAAGAAUCAGAAACGCGCUAGCUUUUGCAACACAUUCUUUCUUUCAGUCACAGAGUUUUCUAUACGUUCAGACUCCGAUUAUUACAACAAGUGAUUGCGAAGGAGCUGGUGAGAUGUUCCAAGUGACGACAUUGAUUAGUGCAGCUGAGAAGUUGGAGAGGGAUCUUGUUCAGAACCCUCCACCUACAGAAGCUGACGUUGAAGCUGCGAGGGUUGUUGUCAAGGAGAGAGGUGAAGCUGUGGCACAACUCAAAGCUUGUAAAGCAAGCGAGGAAGAGAUCGCUUCUUCUCUUGAUGAGCUAACUAAUGCAAAGCUGAGUUUAGCUAGGAGUGAAGAGAGGUCAAGGCUCAAGCCUGGCUUACCUAGAAAAGAUGGAGAAGUUGAUUAUUCUCAAGACUUUUUUGGUCGUCAAGCUUUCUUGUCUGUUUCUGGUCAAUUACAACUUGAGAGCUACGCUUGUGCUCUUGGCAGUGUCUACACAUUUGGUCCCACUUUUAGAGCAGAGAACUCUCAUACCUCAAGGCAUCUUGCUGAGUUCUGGAUGGUUGAGCCUGAGUUAGCUUUAGCAGACCUAGAGGAGGAUAUGGACUGUGCAGAAGCAUAUGUGAGAUACAUGUGCACGUGGCUGCUUGAUAACUGCUACGAUGACUUGGAAGUUAUGGCGAACAACGUCGACGAUGGAUGUAUUGAGAGGCUAAAACUGGUUGCAUCAACUCCGUUUGUGCGUAUAACAUACACUGACGCAAUAGAGCUGCUUAAGGAAGCCAUGGCACAAAGACACAAGUUCGAGAACCAAGUGAAGUGGGGAAUAGACUUGGCGUCUGAGCAUGAAAGAUACUUGACAGAGGUUGUGUUUCAAAAGCCUGUUAUUGUUUAUAACUACCCUAAAGGAAUCAAAGCUUUCUACAUGAGAGUUAACGAUGAUGGAAAGACAGUUGCUGCCAUGGAUGUUCUUGUUCCAAAGGUUGGAGAACUCAUUGGUGGGAGCCAAAGAGAAGAACGGUAUGAUGUUCUCAUGAACAGGCUCGAGGAAAUUGGUCUACCAGUAGAGCCAUACGAGUGGUACUUGGACUUGAGACGUCAUGGAACAGUGAAGCAUUCAGGAUUCGGACUUGGAUUCGAGCGUAUGGUUCUGUUUGCGACAGGAAUGGACAACAUCAGAGACGUUAUUCCUUUCCCUCGCUAUCCUGGAAGAGCUGAUCUUUGA